GUUUCUGUUUUUUCGACCUGCCUGGCCGGCCGCUCCACCCAGCUGAAUGGCUGGACGUCGUCCUCGCAGUCAGUUGCUCUCACAAUCUCUCGUCUCUUGGGUGAAGAAACAUUAUCACAACCUCUGCUCGCCACAUUGGCAAAGGCAUCGCACUCGCGCGAAAGACCUCUCUGUGCAGCCAGUCAGUCAAUCACCUAGAUAGGUACCUAAAGCUUGCUCAAGGUAUCAUUUAGCGUACGCUGCCGAUCCAGUCUGGUCCCCACGAGAUUUUGCAACAAUCCAUCUCGUCCUCUCUUUUGUGUUUCAUUCGUUGUGCUUUAAUCACCUUUACCAUCUGACCCCCAAUAGUUGUCUUCAUCAUCUAACUUGUUUGUCUUCUUCUUCUUUUUUUUUUAUCUAUUUAUUUGUUUUGAUUUAUCUGCCCUUUUUUUGCGGAGUCUCACAAGGCCUGCCACACAUUCGUUUCUUAUUCCCUUUUUUCCUCGGUCCCUUCUGGUUCAGAAAAAGCAGCUCUGCCGCGCCGAAGUGGUUUUGCAUUGACCCGCGCCGCACUAAAACAGCGCGCAGAAGGUUGAUUCUCACACAGCCUGCAGUGAUCUGCGUACAUCUGUUCCACACACAUUCGUUUUCCAUCAAUCCCAGGAACGACGUAAAGCACCGCAAGCAGCUUCCACCUUCGGGAUAACGAGCUGAAUUGGAUUGUCGGCAUAUCGCAACGUUCCUGCCGCAGCUGUCGUCGUCGUGCCUUCACUCCAACUGUUGUCUGUCAUUUCUUAACACAACCCUCGGCGGACCGAAGUCACGCAGCUCCUAGCCACCCAUCGGCAAACACACCACCAUCCUUGGUCUACUCGGCACCGACCAUAAUCUCCAGACUCCUCUCACUCAUUACGAAACCCCGAGUAUCCAGUCGUUUAGCUCGGUAUCUUUCUUUUGGGUAUUGGCAACAUAAUCGAGUAGCAUCAGUCACAUCAGUCACACCUUGCGACCGGUUCUUUGAAGACGCAUACAAACUCAUCGCGUAACCAGAAGAUUAUGACGCAGCAGUAAUCAGGAAUUUAGUUUAGCGACUUGCGCAGUUACUCAAGCCCUUCCACCAGACGACCUGGUCGGUACGCGCCCGGCACGCGAUCCGGCAGAACAUCAUGGCCGAGCCGUCUAGCCAGUGCAGGAUACGGCGGAAUAGAGGACGGCCUGUCGUCAGCAUACGAAGCCUGGUGCUCUCCACGUUUGUGUCUUCGGCGUCUGUGACAAUGGCUGCGUGUAUUUCGAUGCAAGGGUCUACUGCUUGUCCAGCAUUCCAGUCAGCCUCUGUCUCAAAUGACGACUUCAUUGUCGGGCUUUUCUCCUUCAUGCGGUUUGUUUCAAAUACACAAAAUUUUGAUGACCGUUUAAAAGAAUACGUCCGUACGAGCUACGUUCAAGAAAAGUAUCAAACAUUAAUUGGUUGUGGCGGGAUUAAUCUUGCAAACACCACUGAGCAAUAUGCACGAUUUACUACGACAACGAUAUGCAACGCACUGGUGCAAAACUCGAUUGACAGGUGCAGCCUCGGGACAGAGCAAUCCCGUCCUGUCUGCGCCGAGACUUGCGCCCAAUUUGCCCAGAGCGAGGCAUUGAUCGCCUCCGAUAGCAGGUUAUGUGCGAAUCCUGGGAGCAAUGCUCAGAGGCAGAUAAGGGCCGACUUCACCAACUGCGCCCUGCCAGCCAAUUCUCUAUCUUCGCAAACUUGUAUUCAAGGCAUCGCCAACGAGCCCAACAAUUGUGGCUAUGGCACCAGCACAAUCGGCCUGUGCUCGUACUGCGCAUCAGGCGGUAUUAAUUCGACCGACACGUGCUGCUACACAUCCAACGCCCAGAGUAGAUGCGCUGGCGUCGUUCUCCCGACUGUCAUCCCCAGCAUGUCACUUCCGACUGUGGUACCCACGAGCACGGGUACGCCGGCUCCUUCGACCGAACGAAACGGUCUUUCAGGGGGCGCUAUAGCCGGAAUUGUCAUUGGAUCCAUCAUUGGCUUUGCUCUCAUUGCAGCUCUCAUUUUCGUUUGCAUACUUCUCCGGAGACGACGACGCGGCAGCCAAAGUGGGAGCAUCUUCAACCAGCCAUCUCCUGCUCGCAGAGGAGGCACUUCCACCUCGCAGGUGCACAACGUACCUCCAGUAGCGAAUCCGCAGGGCUACGAAGUCUUGCCAGGCGGUAGGAUAGCGAGGAUGUCGGCACUCGAGGGCCAUACUGGAGACUCGCCAUCUCGCCAUGGGUACGGCGGCCAUGAUGGCCGGGGUCUGCCGCUUGGAGCUGCCGCCGUUGGCGCUGCAGCCGGCUAUGGCGCGGGCAGAAGCAGGGGAGGGGACAAUCAAAGCUCCUCUGAUGAUUUUGCCGAAAGCCCCGAACCGGAAUCCCGAGUUGGCGUACUGCGACCGCCGCCUGCAGCUCUUCGGAGGCACGGCUCGCUGUCAAGUGGCUCCGUUCUGGGUGAUCCUAAUUCUCCAGGUAGUGCAGGCGGCAUGUCUUCAUCCCCACCAGGUAUGGCCAGCCAGCAGUCGGAGCAAUUGCCCUUCUUCAAGGAUUACUACUCCCAAGACGACAUUCACCCCGGCGACAGAGUUUCUGUUCUCUGGGCUUACCAGCCUCGCGCUGCCGACGAGUUCACAUUGGAUAGAGGUGACAUGCUUAAGAUCGUCGGUAUCUGGGAUGAUGGUUGGGCUACGGGUGUUCUUCUGGAUGAUCGCGCCGAAGAAUGGGAGGCACGAAGACACAAGCAGCGCGACAGUGGUGUGUCCCACACCUCGGGACCGGCACGAGACGUAUCAUCACCACCGGCCAGUGGCGAGAUAAAGGCAUUCCCUCUUGUCUGCGUGUGCCUGCCUGAGCACUGGAGGAAGACGAUCGAUAGCGACGGCUCGACGGAAGCAGGCUCCAGUGGCUACCCGGUUUGAACAGGACACGUUCGAAACGUCUGAUAUUACGAAUUCUUAUGCCCAUCAUUCCUCGAUUUCCGGAGUUUGGCGACUUUUUCCUCAAAAGCAUCUGCAGAUACCCUGCAAGAUUUGACAUUUUCAGCAUUCAACCACCGUGUUCAACAGCUUCAUCGUCUCAUACGUCUUCCUGCACAUAGACAUCAUCUGAUGCAUAUUUAUUUUGCGACGUUACGCUUAAUGGUCUCAGUUACAGUUAUAGACCUUCUUUUCAUCCAACUUGCCUGUUUAGCCUCAUUGUUCUUGCGUUCGACCAUGGGGAUCGGUUUGGUCCGCCUACUACAGACAUUCACACUUAAUGGGAGGCAUUGCGCAAUAUAAUAAACAAACACCAGAACCCUGUGCACAAACACUCCCCUUUCGUUUCGGUUGUUGAUGCUUACUUAUACCCGGUCUUCAGACCAUCGGUGGUUUUUUUUCUUCUCUUUUAUUUCUACUAUGCUUUAGUGUGAAUGGUUGGAGAGGGUAUAGUCUAGACUAAUGGAUGAGAGAAGCCCGACUUUUCGAGCCAGAUAGAUCUUGUGCAGUCGUGACGGGUUGGAUUUGACAAUGCUAUGAAAACCAAAUCUUGCGUACCCUUAUCUCGAUCACCUUGUCAUCGUCAGCAUAUUACCUUCACUUUUGUUAAUAUACGGCAGUCAACUGUGUCACAUGUACUACGUGUGAUUUUUCUCACAGUAAGUUUGGCCGCUUCGCUCCAAG